CUCUCUGCUACAUACCAUUUCUUUGCUUGUCAAACCAAGCCUCUCAUCUUCUAAUUUGUUUGUCUGUUCUAUAGCACGUUUCGGUAUUCGAUAGUCACAUUAGAUACCGUUGAAUCGAGUCGGACCUCAAACGGAUAAAUCUUCCAGCGCUUAUCGGCUCAAAAUCGAGACCAACUGCUUAUCUUGAAGAACCUCAAACAGUAAAUUUGCAGGUGAAUUGAAUAUUUUAAAAGCAAACUACAUUGGAUUUCAAUGGGCAAGUUUUUUAGACUGUAUGACAAGGAGUCCAUGAGGAUGGAAAUGUUAAAACAUGAAGAGACAUUCAAAGAACAAGUGUACGAGCUCCAUCGUCUGUAUCAAAUCCAGAAGGCACUGAUGAAAAGCAUUGAAAACAGCAGGCCUAACGGAAAAAGACAACUCGAUCCGGGACAUCCGGCCAACGAGCAUCACGGUAACGGAAUGCUAGAAGCCAUCGACGAAAGCAAUAUCGAACUAACGUUGGGGCCACCAACAAAGAAACAUGAGAUAUCGACUCCCCCUCGAACAUCGGAUUCCGGACGGAGCUUCUCCUCGUCCUCCAUGAAUCAUGUCAUACGACAAUGGGGUUUCGAAACGGAAGCGAAAGCAAUGCCGAUCUUGGAGAGCAAUUUAGAAAAGAGAGACUAGGACAGGCUCCUUGGAUUUUCCAAGUUCUAACUAUGAAUAUGACUUAGAUCGCUUCUUAUCCACCAUUUUUUCCUUCUAUUGUUGUAUGUGUGAAUGUUUCUGGUUAGGUUUCUUUUA